GAUGGCGAUGUGUUGGUAUAAAUCUAUCAGCAUGGUCCAUCCUGAGUGCAUCCGCCACUUGGUUCUUUCCCAGAAGUCAUUGCGGCACAGCGCUGAAUUUGUGACCUCCAGACAGAACAGUGCACACAGAAGCUGAAGAUGGCUGGCGCAUUCGCAGGCUGGUGGGCCAAAAUGAGCCCUUACUACACUAAGGCAUAUCAGGAGAUGUGGGUUGGUGUUGGAGUCAUGACGUUCCUGUACUACAAGGUGUCCUACGGAGGAAAGAAAGCUGCUGUAGAUUCAAGUGCCCAUGCUGCGAAAAGUGCCCCCAGUCAUACUGCCAAGCCAGCCACCAGCGCAGCAGCAGCCGCCGCCGCCGCCGCCGCCGCCACCGCAACAAGUCUAGCUGUAGCAGCCGGCGACGUCACCAUGAGCGACAUCUUGCAGAGGCAACACAAAAAUCUUGUCCUGGAGGAGAGAAAACUCUACCUGGAGAUUGAAAAAUUGGAACUUGAGAAAGCUAAGCUGAAAUCAAUGAAAUGAAAAAGUAACCAUGAACAGUACAUUUCCAUUAGUACAUGAGCGAUUACCAGUGGAACUCAGUCAACCUUGUGUACAGUUAAUAAAAUUGUAUAAAACUCUGA